AUGUAUAAAUAAUAUUUUGAUGAGUAUUGUGAGAGAUUGAAAACUUACGACUUCUUAAAUUGGCCAUAUAGAGAUUCAAAGCUUAAACCUUCAAAAAUGGCUUCUAUUGGAUAUAUUUGUCAAGAAGAUUGUCUAUAAUGUUAUUAUUGUUAAUCAAAAUUAAUAAUUGAUGAUUAAAUGCUACCUAAUGAUGUCAUUUUAGAGAGGGCUAUUAAUAAACAUGAUUAAUACUGUUAAGGAAUGGCAAUUAAGUUUAAAAUUACAUAAGAAUUUUUACAUUCAUAUGGAAUGGCAUAUUAUAAUGAAUGUCUUGCAUCAUGGAAAGAUCCAAUUGAAGUGAAAAAGACUUAUUUAGAUAAAGUACCUUAAAAUUUACAGUAUUUACUAUAAAAUCCAAAAUAAGUCUUGGCAAUAUUUGGUUGGAUAAAAUAAGACCAAAUUUUAUUGUGCAAAUAUUGUGGUAGGAAAUGUCAAAUUUUAGAGGAAGAAUUUGAUGUAUUUAGUGAACAUAGAUAUUUUUGUAAAUGGGCAAAUGAUGGGAAAAAUAUAAAAUAUGGUUAUUUGAUUGUUUUGUAAUAAUUAAGAGAUCAAAGUACUUAAAAUGAUUAAGAUGCAAAUGAUAGAGAUAUUGAAUAAGAUUAAGUCAGAUAAACUCUUGUUACAUAAUGUGAGAAUAUAAUUUCAAUAAAUUUAUUAACAAAUAAAGAACUAUAAAAAGCUAAGGCAGAAUUAUAAACAUUUUAAGAUUAACUAAUAAAACGAAAAAGAUUUGAUAUAAAAGAAUCAGAGCGUGAAAUGGAGGAAUUUGAAUUGGAAAUAUAAAAGAGAGUAAAAGUACAAAAAGAAUAAAUUGAAGAAAGAAAUAAAGAGAAAAUUAAUAUGAUCAAUAAAUAAGAUUCAGAAGAGGAAGAAGAAUUAGAUAUGGCAGUAUAAGAAUAAUAAAUUUAAAAUACUAAUAAUAAAAUGAAUGAAUUAAAUAAUCAUAAUUACUAAUAAGAUAAUUAAAUUGUAAAUGAAUUAGAUAACAAAAUUGAAUAGGAAGAUAAUUAAAAAUAGGAAUUUAAUAAAGAAUAGAUAGAAAAUUUAGAAAAUCAAAAUCAAAUUUAGGAAAUUAAAGAAUAAGAAAAAAAUGAAAAUAUAUAAACAAAUCAAAUUUAAGAAGAAUCAAUAUAAUAGUAAACUUUUGUUUAAAAUAAUGAAUCAAAUUUAGGUUUAAUUUAAUAGCCUAAUUAGACUGAAUAACUUUUAAAUUAAUAGUAAGGUGAUAGAUUGGAAUAAGAUAUUGAAAUUCAUUAAGAAUAAAGGAAGAAUGAGAAUAUAUAAUCAUCAGAAGAAAUAAAAGAAUUAUAAGAAAAGAAAGAAAAUGUUUGUAUUAAUAAUAUUUUAGAUCAAUAACAUAAUAAGAAUUCAGAUUUUGAACAACAUAAUAAUUAAUAAAUUAAUCAAAAUGAUAAUUAAAUAGAUGAAAAAUAAGAAAAUUAAUAAAUGAAUAUUUGUUAAGAUUAAAUUGAACAAAAUGAAAAAUAACUUCAAAUUGAAAAAGUUCAAUAGUCUCAAAAUUAAAGUCAAGAAAUAGAAAUAGAAUAAGAAAAAAAGGAAUCGAAUAAUAUAGUUGAUUUAUAAGAAGUUAAUUAAAAGAUUUAAAAACCAUUACAAGAUGAAAAAAUUAAAGAAUUUGAAAUUAAAAAUAAUGUAAUUUAAGAUGACUAAAUGAUAAGUGAAUAAUAAUAGGUUGAUAUAAUUGAUAAAGAAAAAAAAACUAAUUAAUAAGAUGAUAAAAAUAAUAUUGAAUUUCAGGUUGAAGAAUAAUCAGAAAAGAAUUUAGAAACAUUGAAAAACGGUCUUAAGUUAACAGGUUAAAAUGAUGAUGAGAACUUAAGAAAUUAAGAAGAGAAUAAGAUAAUGACAAUUAUUAAUCUAGAAGAUCAAUUGAAAUCUAGAUAAUAGGAAGAUUAAGAUAUUGAAUAAGAAUAAGAAUAAGAAUAAUAACAAUAAGAAUAAUAACAAUAAGAAUAGGAAUAAUAACAAUAAGAAUAGGAAUAAGAAUAAUAAGAAUAGGAAUAAUAAUAAUAAUAAUAAUAAUAAUAAUAAUAAUAAUAAGAAUAACAGGAUAAUCAAAAUUAAAUUGAUAUACAAAAAAAUGAGAAUGUUGAUUAAGAUUAAAGUAAAAUAUGA